AUGUUGGAUUGGGAACGGCAUCAUGAAACCAUUGAAAACGAAAAACAUAUUGAUACGAAUGCAAGAAAUAAAAAUGAUUUCGAAAGUAAAAUUGACCUAGAAGCGGAUUUAACGGAUCCACUUUUAUCAAAAACGGACUGUGAUAAUCUU